AUGUUUAUAAUUGCAGCAAUUUUAUGUGUUAGCGUUUUGGGAUAGUUAGGCUAUGAUGGUUAUACAGAAUGGCAAUCUGGGAUUGAUAGAACCAUCAAUAGACAAAACAAAUUCGUUGAACCUGUCUUUCCAUUGCAAAUGUUCACUCGAGUGCAAUUUCCAAGAUAAUUCAGCAGACGCCCAUAAGUUUUAUUGAUGCACGAAGAAAUAGAGUGGAAUAAAAAUAGGAAUAUCAAUUAUCAGACUUUUGUUUCUGAUGUGACUGUAAAAGGGUUCUAUAUAAACUAUUUAAUUAAUGGUCCAGCAAUCAUUCCAGUGUUAAGAAUAAGAUGGGUAGCAUUCGUGGAUUCAGAAGCAGAAGUGCAAUACGUUAACUAUUAAUUUGAAGAUUUGAUUAGAUUGAGACAAGGUUUUGGAACUCGAUUCCAAGAUUUCAUGGUUUAAUAUUACUUGAAGUAUCCAACACCAAGAGUAGUGGCAUUCAUUGUAGGUGCUGAAAUUGAAGUCUACGACUCAUUGACAACAACCAUUUAAAUAUAGUUGGGUAAACCAACAGGAAGUGCCACUGCUGUAAGAUUCUUAACAAGAGACAGAUGUCAUAUUAAUACUCUUAGAAUAGCUUACUUUAUUUCUUCAGAUUACUCUACUAUAAUGGGAACUUUGGGUAGUUCAGACAAUGCGUUUAAUUAAUUUUUGGAUAAUGAAAAUAGGAUGAAAUUAAGAGUACAAAGAUUUGAGAGAGAAGUUCCUUCUACUUUUAUUUUCGAAUCUCAUUAGAAUGUAUUGGCCUAGGGAAUCACAGGAUUCGAUGUGCAUAGUAGAGCUGGUAAUUUCUACGUCAAAGUCGGAGGUGAAUAUGUUGAUAAGAAAUCAUCGACUUAUCAUUGUGCAUAUGGAACACGUGGUGACACUGUACUCUAAUACAUGGAAAUCAGCUAUAUUUUACAUCCUCCAGCAUUGCCCCCUUAUCAAAUGCUCGUUGAAGAAAGUGCUACGGACAAUUAAGAGGAGGAGUCUAAAACGGAAGAAUAAUAACUGCUAAAUGAGUCAUUAAUACCAUGACAUAUAUAUUUUAUAUAAAUUAAAA